AUGGCGUCAGCCAAUGAGAUGCCUGGGAGUUGGCGGUCAGUGUUGUCUGGGUUCAUUUAAUUUCACAGUUGGUGUGGGUGUGGGGCCGAUGGUUGAGGGGGGAUGAAGGGGCAAAUGUGAGUUAAGUGUUGGGUGGAGGGGAUGUAGAUGUGGGGGUUGGGUGGAUGGUUACGUCUAUUGAUGUAUUGAUUUGCGGGACAGGGACUUUGAUGGAUGAAGAAGGGUUUUCGCCGAGGAGGAAAAGUCCCAGGAGCUUGGUGGCCUUGGUAGUUCUGCUCACUGCACCAUCCCACAUUCUCCCCUAACCCCCCAGAUCAGCACGCCCCCCAUCAAACCAGGCCUAAAUCUCAACCCCAAUUCAAAGGCCCACCCAUCCCCCUCACUUGCUCCCCUCACAAAUAGCCAACCGUGGGUGCUGAAGCCUGAAGCUCAGCCAUGAUGUUGGCUGUUGAUUUGGUGGCUUUCACACGUUUCCCCAAAAUGGCCAAAAUGAUUUGUUUUCAAGACUUUGUGGUGGCCUUCGAGUGACUGAAUCGUUCUAUGUGGCUAAAGAGUAAUUAGUGCCUUAAUUGUUACGGCACAUACAACAUAUUGCUGAACUACCAUCUAACAGUGUUGCACAGGAAACGGGAACCUCAUCUCCAAAAUGUCCUGGAACCUUUCAGAAUGUUGCCGCUCUUGAAAACAACCCAUGACAUGUUUGCAUUGGGUUGCUUUAUGGUAAUAUAUGUAUAGAAUGCCGUUUGCCUGAGGCCCAUGAGCUUAGAUUGGCCCUUCCAUGUGUUUUGUCGCGCAGGGCGCAAGAGGCGAGGCAAGGGAUUUUUUAUUGGGUUUUGUCUCUCCUGGGUGUGGAAACUAGGGUUCAGAGGUCACCAGGGGAUUCCCACAUAUUAACCCUUUACAAACCAGCAGAGUUGUGAGCUGCCCCUCCCUUAUGACCCCUGGCGCCCAUUCUCUCCUCUACACACACACACAACACACACACAACCCCUCACCUCUCACAUAGAUCAUUAGAGCUCCCUCUAGAGUUUCAAUCAGGACGCUGGCAACCAAUUCCCAGCUCUGUGUGUCAGUUGCCCUUAGGCAUACAGAUCUAGCAUCAGCUUACCCUCUAAAAUCUGGUGGGAAAUGCGAAAACUGACCGUACAUCUAGGGGCGAUGUCAUCCUACUCCCAGCCAGAGAUUCUAAGGGGUUAAAUCAGGAAGAUUUGAUAGGCUACUAAUACCUACCAGCUACCUUUGCCUAUCCUCUAUUCUCUCCUCACUAUGUUCCCCUGAUCUCCUCCACUUUGCCUUCUCUGUGGCCAAAUCUUUGAAUACAUCUGUGAGUACUACUUUGGUACUGAGUGGUUCAAUAUACAAGUUAUUCAGCUUGUUUGUUUAUUCUUGUAUUUUGGAGAACCUUGAUGUUGUUGUUAUAGAGAUUGUCCUCCCCCUGCUCCAGUUAUUUCUCUCUCACUCCUAUUUGCACUCUGUCACACUCUGUCCCUUUCUCGCAUGCAUUCCCCUGCAGUCAACUCUCUCUGUCGCUUAAUGCCAACCUCACACGCUCUCCCCCUCUACUAUACUCCCUCAUGGUUACUCCCUCAUGGUUUCUCUCUCUCUCUCUCUCUCUCUCUCUCUCUCUCUCUCUCUCUCUCUCUCUCUCUCUCUCUCUCUCUCUCUCUCUCUCUCUCUCUCUCUCUCUCUCUCUCUCUCUCUCUCUCUCUCUUCUCUCAAUUCAAUAUGGGAAAUGUAUGUUAACAUUGCCAAAGCAAGUGAAGUAGAUAGUAAACAAAAGUGAAAUAAACAAUAAAUAUUAACAGUAAACAUUACACUCAGAAGUUCCAAAAGAAUAAAGACAUUUCAAAUGUCAUAUUAUGUAUAUAUACAGUGUUGUAACAAUAGUUAAAGUACAAAUGGGUUUAAACAUAAAUAUGGGUUGUAUUUACAAUGGUGUUUGUUCUUCACUGGUUGCCCUUUUCUUGUGGCAACAGGUCACAAAUCUUGCAGCUGUGAUGGCACACUGUGGUUUUUCACCCAGUAGAUAAGGGAGUUUAUCAAAAUUGGGUUUGUUUUCGAAUUCUUUGUGGAUCGCUGUAAUCUGAGGGAAAUAUGUGUCUCUAAUAUGGUCAUACAUUUGGCAGGAGGUUAGGAAGUGCAGCUCAGUUUUCCUGUCUUCUCUUGAGAGCCAGGUCUGCCUACGGCGGCCUUUCUCAAUAGCAAGGCUAUGCUCACUGAGUCUGUACAUAGUCAAAGCUUUCCUUAAGUUUGGGUCAGUCACAAUGGUCAGGUAUUCUGCCACUGUGUAUUCUCUGUUUAGAGCCAAAUAGCAUUAAAGUUUGCUCUGUUUUUUUGUUUGUUCUUUCCAAUGUGUCAAGUAAUUCUCUUUUAGUUUUCUCAUGAUUUGGUUGGGUCUAAUUGUGUUGUUGUUGUCCUGGGGCUCUGUGGGGUCUGUUUGUGUUUGUGAACAGAGCCCCAGGACCAGCUUACUUAGGGGACUCUUCUCCAAGUUCAUCUCUCUGUAGGUGAUGGCUUUGUUAUGGAAGGUUUGGGAAUCGCUUCCUUUUAAGUGGUUAUAGAAUUUAACAGCUCUUUUCUGGAUUUUGAUAAUUAGCGGCUAUUGGCCUAAUUCUGCUCUGCAUGCAUUAGGUGUUUUUCGUUGUACACAGAGGAUAUUUUUGCAGAAUUCUGCAUGCAGUCUCAAUUUGGUGUUUGUCACAUUUUGUGAAUUCUUGGUUGGUGAGCGGACCCCAGACCUCACAACCAUAAAGGGCAAUGGGUUCUAUAACUGAUUCAAGUAUUUUUAGCCAGAUCCUAAUUGGUAUGUCAAAUUUGAUGUUCCUUUUGAUGGCAUAGAAGGAAGGCCCUUCUUGCCUUGUCUCUCAGAUCGUUCACAGCUUUGUGGAAGUUACCUGUGGUGCUGAUGUUUAGGCCGAGGUAUAUAAACAAAAUGGUGUGCUCUAGGGCAACGGUGUCUAGAUGGAAUUUGUAUUUGUGGUCCUGGCAACUGGACCUUUUUUGGAACACCAUUAUUUUUGUCUUACUGAGAUUUACUGUCAGGUCCCAUGUCUGACAGAAUCUGUGCAGAAGAUCUAGGUGCAGCUGUAGGCCCUCCUUGGUUGGUGACAGAAGCACUAGAUCAUCAGCAAACAGUAGACAUUUGACUUCAGAUUCUAGUAGGGUGAGGCCAGGUGCUGCAGACUGUUCUAGUGCCCUCGCUAAUUCGUUGAUAAAUAUGUUGAAGAGGGUGGGGCUUAAACUGCAUCCCUGUCUCACCCCACGGCCCAGUGGAAAGAAAUGUGUGUGUUUUUUUUUACCAAUUUUAUCCGCACACUUGUUGUUUGUGUACAUGGAUUUUAUUUACAUUUACAUUUACGAUUUUAUAAUGUUGUAUGUUUUUCCCCCAACCCCACUUUACAUCAAUUUGUAUAGCAGACCCUCAUGCCAAAUUGAGUCAAAAGCUUUUUUGAAAUCAACAAAGCAUGAGAAGACUUUGCCUUUGUUUUGGUUUGUUUGUUUGUUUGUUUGUUUGUCAAUUAGGGUGUGCAGGGUGAAUACGUGAUCUGUCGUACGGUAAUUUGGUAAAAAGCCAAUUUGACAUUUGCUCAGGACAUUGUUUUCACUGAGGAAAUUAACUAGUCUGCUGUUAAUGAUAAUGCAGAGGAUUUUCCCAAGGUUGCUGUUGACGCAUAUCCCACAGUAGUUAUUGGGGUCAAAUUUGUCUCCACUUUUGUGGAUUGGGGUGAUCAGUCCUUGGUUCCAAAUAUUGGGGAAGAUGCCAGAGCUAAGGAUGAUGUUAAAGAGUUUAAGUAUAGCUAAUUGGAAUUUGUGGUCUGUAUAUUUUAUCAUUUCAUUGAGGAUACCAUCAACACCACAGGCCUUUUGGGGUUGGAAGGUUUGUAUUUUGUCCUGUAGUUCAUUCAAUGUAAUUGGAGAAUCCAGUAGGUUCUGGUAGUCUUUAAUAGUUGAUUCUAAGAUUUGCAUUUGUUCUCUGUUAUAGGGCCAAAAAUAUUGGAGAAGUGGUUUACCCAUACAUCUCCGUUUUGGAUAGAUACUGUAGCUCUUCGUGUUGUUGUUUGUUUAGUGUUUUCCAAUUUUCCCAGAAGUGUUUAGAGUCUAUGGAUUCUUCAAUUACAUUGAGCUGAUUUCUGACAUGCUGUUCCUUCUUUUUCCGUAGUGUAUUUCUGUAUUGUUUUAGUGAUUCACCAUAGUGAAGGCGUAGGCUCAGGUUUUCUGGGUCUCUUUUGGUUGGAUAGGUUUCUCAAUUUCUUUCUUAGGUUUUUGCAUUCUUCAUCAAACCAUUUAUCACUGUUAUUACUUUUCUUUGUUUUUCUGUUAGAGAUUUUUUGAUUUGAUAGGGAAGCUGAGAGGUCAAAUAUACUGUUUAGGUUUUCUACUGCCAAGUUUACACCUUCACUAUUACAGUGGAACGUUUUGUCCAUGAAGUUGUCUAGAAUGGAUUGAAUUUGUAGUUUUCUGGUAGGUUUCGACACUACUUUCCUUCCAUCUAUAGCAUUUCUUAAUAUUAUUCAGUUCCUUUGGCUUUGAUGCCUCAUGAUUGAGUAUUGCUCUGUUCAAGUAGACUGUGAUUUUGCUGUGGUCUGAUAGGGGUGUCAGUGGGCUGACUGUGAACGCUCUGAGAGACUCUGGGUUGAGGUCAGUGAUAAAGUAGUCUACAGUACUACUGCCAGGAGAUGAGCUAUAGGUGUACCUACCAUAGGAGUCCCCUCGAAGCCUACCAUUGACUAUGUACAUACCCAUUGUGCGACAGAGCUGCAGGAGUUGUGACCCGUUUUUGUUGGUUAUGUUGUCGUAGUUGUGCCUAGGGGGGCAUAUGGGGGAGGGAAUGCUGUCACCUCCAGGUAGGUGUUUGUCCCCCUGUGUGCUGAGGAUGUCAGGUUCUUGUCCAGUUCUGGCAUUUAGGUCGCCACAGACUAGUACAUGUCCCUAGGUCUGGAAAUGAUUGAUUCCCCCCUCCAGGAUGGAGAAGCUGUCUUCAUUAAAGUAUGGGGAUACCCCCUGAGUCCCUUCCCUGUUUCACACCUGGUAGUUUGGUGGAUGGGACUACCAGCUCUCUGUAACCUAGAGGGCAACCAGUGGGUCCAUCUCCUCUAUAACAUGUUUCUUGUAGGAUGACAAUGUCUGUAUUUCUGAUUUCUUUGUAUGCACACAUGACUAUUAAGUCGCUUUGGAUAAAAGCGUCUGCUAAAUGGCAUAUUAUUAUUAUAUUAUUAAAUCCAGAUUCCUGCUCUUUAGGCCAAAGGCAGAUGACCUCAGGCCUUGGAUAUUCCAGGAUGAAAUAGUGAAGGCUUUGUGUUCCAUAAAGUGUCUAAUGUUGUUGGUUGUGUGGUUUGGCCUCAGGCCAGUAAUUGUGAGCAGAGCCUGCUGAGCAUUUGGUACAUGCCAUUGGCUUGGGCUAGUGUAAGAGUGGGUGUUGGGCCUGUUUGCCUGCUCACGGCCUGGGCGUAUGUGUGACUUUCAUGUUGAGGCCCUCUUUGUGGGAGUGGGGGGCUUGGGGUGGGUAGGAGGGGCAUAGGUCUGAUCUGAGGGGGCCUAAAUGGGGUGUGGGCAUGGUUGACUUGGGGGGGUGAUAAUUGGUGGGGGUGGGGGUGGGGGUGUAGAUGUGGCUGAUGGUGCUGUGGUCUGGAUGUAGGUCCUCUCUGCGGGGGUCCUCUAUGUGUAGGUCCUGGGGGGGGUCCCACAGGUCUGGGAGAGUGUCUCGCUGGUCUGGACGGGGUGUCUGUUGACCUGUUGCUCCUGUGUGAGGUGUUGGGUCUGCGGUUGAGGGCGAUAUCCUUUAGGGUCCGGGCAAAGGUGGGAACUGGUGCCUUGUAUAGGUGGACCUGGUCAUAAAGGGUGGAGUGGUGGGCCAGGGAGACAUUUGGUUUUGAUGCACAGUCACGGGAAAUACUUGCAUUACCCCGCUGUAUGGUAGCAGGGUGGAAGUCUUUUCAUGGUAGUAGGGUUGAGAUAACCACUUGUGCGUUGGAGAAAGUAGAAGAAGCUUUUUCUAUCACUCCCUUGAGUGCUGUGGCCACCCUUUCCUGCUGUGUUCUCAGGUCGUUUGUGCCUGUGUGUAUUAUUAUGUGGCUGGGUGAUCCUAGUCGGUCUUCAGGCAGAAGGUCUAGGGCUUACUGGGUGUUUGGACACCAGAGUUUAGACACUGUGUGUUUUGGAAAAAGUUUAUUUUCUUGUAUGUAUUUCCCAUUUGAGUCCAUAAGGAGUACAAUCUGUGGCUUGUGUAUGUCCUCAGUGGGUGUGGGAGGGUCGUCAUGAGGGCUAUCAUGGUGUCUGACAGGGGGGUUGCUCAGAGGGGUUGGGGUCCCCAGGGCUUGGGGUUCUUCAUUUGUUUGUCUGGCUGUGAUGUCAAGGCUAUGGUCAGGGUCUAGGGUGUCAUGUUCUGCUACGGUGUCGUGACUUUGGCCAGGAUCUGAGGUGGGCUGUUCUGCUGGCUUCUCUGCGGGGGUGGCCAGCUCUCUAAUGGGUUGUUCUAUGUCACCCGUCAUCGUUCUCACCUUUUCCUCCAGCACUCUGAUCCUCUCCUCUAGUGCUCUGUUCUUCUCCUGCUCCUGCUCUUUCUCCUGUUGAUGUUGUCUCAUCACAGUCCAGAGUGCAGACAUGUCUCUCUCUACCUCCAACUCUCCAGGUCUAGUUAAGGGGGUGUUGUUGUGCUGGACUGUUGUCUGGGUCUGUGCUGACUGGAGUGUGUUCACCUGCUGUUCCAGCUCCACCUGCCUUACCUCCAGCUGGGUGAAUGUAUCCUUCAUUUCAAUGAGCGAGUAGUACUCUGUUCUGGGAAGUUGACUUUCCGCUUGGGGUUGCUCUGUGGGGUUAUUUAAUGAAGAGGUCUGGUCUGACCCGCUCGGGGUGGGGGUAUGUUUCUCAAGGGAGAGCUUCUCCUGCUGAGCUAUUUCUUUGAUUAGGUGAAAGUCCAGCUGGAACUGUUUGGUGUUGCCUUGAACCAAAACUGUUCCAGAUUUAUAGAGAUUUAUAUUAGACAACUCAGAGUCCUCGUUGUCCAGUAUCCUGAGUUUCCACCCAUCGCUAACACCCCCCCUCUUAACAGAGGGGUAGUGUGCUAGUAUAGCACGCACUGUGCCAUGCCAGGGGAUGGUCUGUGUGGAAGAUAAGGUUGCUUAUGUUCCCAUUUUUAUAUAAAUCAGCAAAAGGUGUCUACUGAUUCCCAUAAGGAGUUUUAUUUUGUACUCUUUUCGUGUCUUAUCGUUCUUUACAUUCAGAGGGUACUGUAUUUUAAUGACCUCUGAACAGCGGGGGGGGGGGGGGGGGGGGGGGGGGGGGGGGGGGGGGGGUGCUUCUAUGGCCUCUCCAUUUGUUUGGGGUAGACUGUGCGACUCUCCUGCCAUUGUUGGGCUCAAGGGCUUUGACACCUCUCACUUCACACGUCAGUGCUAAUUGAAAUUGUAUAUCUUUGUACUAGCAAGCUUGGUAGCCUUAGCAUUCAGUCCUUAUAAAUUAAAAUAUAUCAUUGUAAUGUAUUUUUCUUCUUGGUUUUUGAAAGUAAAAAAUAGCUUCAUACUAAACAUUACUCACUCAGUUCCAGGUUGGAUGGUGUUUUCAGGUUUCUGUUUGUUUGCCAGAGCAUUUGCUGUAUAGUUUGGGAAUAGUAAUCCUCGGUAGUAGAAAGCCUUCCAGGUAAUUCCAGGUAAUUCCGUCCAAAAUCAGGUUGUAGGUUUGGAGUUUUGGUUUGGAAUGAAGGUUAUGUUGUGGAGGGUAGCAUCCUGUAUAUGUCCCUGCCAAAAAAUCCAACUUUAUCUAACUCUAAAUCUAGAUUUUUUGUGAAAAAUGCAGGAGCAAUGUCUGUGAGCUCUCUCUCUCUCGCUCUCUCUGAGUCCAGGCCAGCAACAGGCAGCGGGAUAUGCAAGCUGGCAGAUGCUGAUGAGCUGAGACACACACACACACACACACUUUCAGCAUCGUUCAUGUGUACUGAACCAGGAUGUUAAGACCUGAAACACAAGACUGCCAGCCGUGUGUGUGUGUGUGUGUGUCUGUCAGUAUGAAAAAUGUAUGCACUCACUAACUGUAAGUCGCUCUGGAUAAGAGCAUUCGCUAAAUGACUAAAAUAUUAAAAAUGUCUAUCUGUCUUGACAGCUUGUCAUAACUUUCAAUGGUGCAUUGGCGGUCAGUACAAUGGAGCUCAUCGUUUUUCUAUGGUCACAGACUUCUCAGUUGAGAGGCUCAAAGUAUUGGAAUUGUACUUGUGAACUAGUAUAAAAUAUAUGGAGUGGUGACACCGAUGCUCUUUCCUCUCACUGUCACUGCAGGCAAACUGUGAGAUACACUGGUAUUUUAUGAUGCUGAACUGCGAACCAGAGAACUCAAUCAUGCUGCUGAUUCAAUAAAAUAAAGAAUGACCCCCCCCCCCCCCCCAAAAAAAAAAAAAAAUGUUUUGCUCCCAGUUUGGUCAAUUUUCAUGUAGGUUUACAGUAAAAACGUUUCCGAAUUGGAUGGUUAAUUAAGUGAUAAUGCCAGAGAAGCCGGUGUUUGGAGGAUAUAUUCGUUGAGGGCCGGCAAACCGUGCUAAUAUAUCGUCCAAACACCGGCUUUGAGGGCAUUAUCACUUUUUUACAAAGGGUUACCAACAUAUUCAAAUAAUGAUUUACAUAUUUUCAUUAAAAAACGUUAUUUUGAUUUAUUUAUUCAUACAAUUUCAUCCUUCCACAAGAUAUAGUCCUGACACAAAUCUAGGGUUGCUACCCAAGCAAGCCGGCGGUUCGGUUGCUAGAGACGUGACACAGUCGUUCAGCCUUUUUGAUCUGUAUCUAAAUGUUCCAUUGCUGUACUGGCUGGCAACGUUCUUAUCCCUUGCUUGCUAGCUAGCCAACUAUGGUUAUCUUACAGUCACGUCAAAAAUUGCAGCCAGAUAACAGCAAAGUAACUGCAUUUGCAUUUGUUAAGCUGUUUUCUAGUGACAGUUAUUUGGAGACAUCCAUAGCAAUGAGAUAAUGAGGCGCGAUUUCGCCUUGCAUAGAAAAUGUGCUCAUUCGUCAGGACACUGCUGUUGAGCUAGACAACAACACAGCUAACACAAUCACUUCAAACUGAACCUGGAAAGACUGCAAACUAGCUGGACUUCUUUUUGUUUUACAAUUGACAUUUGUUUAUAACCAUAAAAAUGAUGCCAGCUGAUUCAUGAUUUAGACUGGCUGCCUGCCUGUCUGUCUGUCUCGUCCCGACUCCAGAAACGUUCAUUACUAUGGGACAGCUGGAGAAAGAAUUUGAAUAUUGAAACAAUGUUGCAAAUGUCAGAGAGACAGACAGCAAGGUUUAUACAAAUCUCUGCUGUUGAAAACUAAAUGUUAGUCUAAAAGAAAUGUGAGAUAAUGUCUAGAUGCUUUUUAUAGUGGAGAUCAAGUUUAUAACUUGCCUGGCUCGGCUGAUGAGACAGUGGAUUGCGCCGUCAGAUGGAACAGAGUAAAUAGGCAUUUUAACUUCAUAGAUUUAGCCUGUAGUAACUUGUGGAAUAGACACCAGCUGGAAUGCGGUUUUAACCAAUCAGCAUUCAGGAUUAGAACCACCCCGUUAUACAGUGGGGAGAACAAGUAUUUGAUACACUGCCGAUUUUGCAGGUUUUCCUACUUACAAAGCAUGUAGAGGUCUGUAAUUUUUAUCAUAGGUACACUUCAACUGUGAGAGACGGAAUCUAAAACAAAAAUUCAGAAAAUCACAUUGUAUGAUUUUUAAGUAAUUAAUUUGCAUUUUAUUGCAUGACAUAAGUAUUUGAUACAUCAGAAAAGCAGAACUUAAUAUUUGGUACAGAAACCUUUGUUUGCAAUUACAGAGAUCAUACGUUUCCUGUAGGUCUUGACCAGGUUUGCACACACUGCAGCAGGGAUUUUGGCCCACUCCUCCAUACAGACCUCCAGAUCCUUCAGGUUUCGGGGUUGUCGCUGGGCAAUACGGACUUUCAGCUCCCUCCAAAGAUUUUCUAUUGGGUUCAGGUCUGGAGACUGGCUAGGCCACUCCAGGACCUUGAGAUGCUUUUUACGGAGCCACUCCUUAGUUGCCCUGGCUGUGUGUUUCGGGUCAUUGUCAUGCUGGAAGACCCAGCCACGACCCAUCUUCAAUGCUCUUACUGAGGGAAGGAGGUUGUUGGCCAAGAUUUCGCGAUACAUGGCCCCAUCCAUCCUCCCCUCAAUACGGUGCAGUCGUCCUGUCCCCUUUGCAGAAAAGCAUCCCCAAAGAAUGAUGUUUCCACCUCCAUGCUUCACGGUUGGGAUGGUGUUGUUGAGGUUGUACUCAGCCUUCUUCUUCCUCCAAACACGGCGAGUGGAGUUUAGACCAAAAAGCUAUAUUUUUGUCUCAUCAGACCACAUUACCUUCUUCCAUUCAUUUACAUUUUAGUCAUUUAGCAGACGCUCUUAUCCAGAGCGACUUACAUUAUCUUUUUAAUUUUUCAUACUGGCCCCGUGGGAAUCGAACCCACAACCCUGGCGUUGCAAAGGUCAUGCUCUACAUCCCUGCCGGCCAUUCCCUCCCCUACCCUGGACGACGCUGGGCCAAUUGUGCGCCGCCCCAUGGGUCUCCCGGUCGUGGCCGGCUACGACAGAGCCUGGAUUCGAACCAGGAUCUCUAGUGGCACAGCUAGCACUGCAAUGCAGUGCCUUAGACCACUGCGCCACUCAGGAGACUACCAUUCCUCCUCUGGAUCAUCCAGAUGGUUAUUGGCAAACUUCAGACGGGCAUGGACAUGCACUGGCUUGAGCAGGGGGACCUUGCGUGCGCUGCAGGAUUUUAAUCCAUGACGGCGUGGUGUGUUACUAAUGGUUUUCUUUGAGACUGUGGUCCCAGCUCUCUUCAGGUCAUUGACCAGGUCCUGCCAUGUAGUUCUGGGCUGAUCCCUCACUUUCCUCAUGAUCAUUGAUGCCCCACAAGGUGAGAUCUUGCAUGGAGCCCCAGACCGAGGGUGAUUGAACGUCAUCUUGAAUUUCUUAAAUUUUCUAAUAAUUGCGCCAACAGUUGUUGCCUUCUCAUCAAGCUGCUUGCCUAUUGUCCUGUAGCCCAUCCCAGCCUUGUGCAGGUCUACAAUUUUAUCCCUGAUGUCCUUACACAGCUCUCUGGUCUUGGCCAUUGUGGAGAGGUUGGAGUCUGUUUGAUUGAGUGUGUGGACAGGUGUCUUUUAUACAGGUAACGAGUUCAAACAGGUGCAGUUAAUACAGGUAAUGAGUGGAGAACAGGAGGGCUUCUUAAAGAAAAACUAACAGGUCUGUGAGAGCCGGAAUUCUUACUGGUUGGUAGGUGAUCAAAUACUUAUGUCAUGCAAUAAAAUGAAAAUAAAUUACUUAAAAAUCAUACAAUGUGAUUUUCUGGAUUUUUGUUUUAGAUUCCGUCUCUCACAGUUGAAGUGUACCUAUGAUAAAAAUUACAGACCUCUACAUGCUUUGUAAGUAGGAAAACCUGCAAAAUUGGCAGUGUAUCAAAUACUUGUUCUCCCCACUGUAGUCUAACCACACACCAGGCAAUGGUUUGACCAAAUCCAUUUGACUGCAUGAAAUAUGUAAAUGUUUUACAGCCAUGUUUGAGUUGAAUAUUUUCUAAUAGUAUUUCUCUCUCUCUCUUUCUCCCUUUCACUCUCUCUUAGGACCCGGAAACUCCAGAUCAGAAACAUUCCUCCACACCUGCAGUGGGAGGUGAGUGCCCCUGGAUUGACCAUAACAUAGUUUCACCAUAUCAAAAUGUAACAAUGGGUCCGUUAGCGUCUCUCAACCAGUUAGUGUUACUUUUAUAUGGAAAAGCAUAGGUUAGUCCCUGCUACAACAAAGGUAAGUAAUCAGAAAAAAAUAUGCUCAGAACAGGAUGUUCUGUGUAGUCAUCUGAGAUGAGAGUGAGUUAGGGGGGUAAAAGGCAUUUAGAUUGACUGCGGCUGCGGGCAUGAGCAUGUGUGUUCAUAUGUGCAUUUGUGUCUUUAUUGUGUGUGUGUGUGUGUGUGUGUGUACGUCUGUGUGAGUGUGUGCUGGCGUGGGCGUUGAGCAGCGCACGCUGCCACUGACAGCUGGACGAAGACAGGUCACAUGGCUCUGCUAAGGCGGGGCUCUCUCUCUCUCUCUCUCUCUCUCUCUCUCUCUCUCUCUCUCUCUCUCUCUCUCUCAAUUCAAUUCAAUUCAAUUCAAUUCAAUUCAAUUCAAUUUCAAUUCAAUUUAAGGGCUUUAUUGGCAUGGGAAACGUGUGUUAACAUUGCCAAAGCAAGUGAAGUAGAUAGUAAACAAAAGUGAAAUAAACAAUAAAUAUGAACAGUAAACAUUACACUCAGAAGUUUCUCUCUCUCUCUCUCUCUCUCUCUCUCUCUCUCUCUCUCUCUCCACUCCAUCCUUCCAGCGCUUGCGUGCAGUGCAGCAUGUCCUUCCCUAGCUAGCCACACGAGGGUGACGUUUCUCCACCCACAUUAUAGCCCUGAACAUGAGCCACAGUCAGCAAGGAGUAAAAAAAUUGGCCCAACGUCAGAAUUAGAAACCUUGUUAUAGACACUUCUAACUCAUUACACCAAGGCAGUCAAACCAAGCUUCUGGAUGGCCACAUAUGCCAUUUAACAGACGCUUUUAUCCAAGCGACAUACAGUAGUGGCUGCAUAAAUUAUACGUAUGGGUGGUCCUGGGAAUCAAACCCACUAUCCUGGCAAUGUAAGCACCAUGCUCUACCAGCUGAGCUACACAGGACAUCAGUGUCUGAUUUAGACCAGGGAAGGCUGUCUUUCCAAUCAGUCACACUAAUCGAUUAAGUGGCAGGUUGAAAUGAUGCAGACACUUUGGCCCUUGAGGACUGGAACUGCUUUAAAGUGUUGUAGCAAGGGAGACAAAUAGGAGAACAUUGGAGAAACCCAGUUCAGGUGCAAAUGUUGAAACACAACAAUAAUGAAAUUGUGUUCUCCCCUCCCUAGGUGCUGGAUGGUCUGCUGGCCCAAUAUGGAACCGUUGAGAACUGCGAACAAGGUAAGAUAAAGUUAUUCUAUUCUAUUCAUAACCAGUCAGACUUCGCUCUGAACAUCUCAUCUGCAAAUCCGAUGAUAAGGCUUCCUUUACACACUCACUGGGCGAGAUAAUAAUGCAAGGAGAUUCACAGUAUUUUUUGCACGUCGCACAAUGCUUUCUAUCCCUGAGACCUGACCGGAUCUGCUUUCCCUAUCCAUCUGUGCUACAAAACAAAAACAUAUUCAUAAAGCGUCUCAUAGUAGGAGUGCUGAUCUAGGAUCAGGUCCUACCUGUCCAGGUAAUCUUAAUCAUUAAGAUCUAAAAGGCUAAACUGAUUCUAGAUCAUCACUCCUAAUCUGAGGCGCUUUAUGAAUACGGGGCCUGAUCAGAGAUCUGAGAUUCCUUCUGUAGUCCAAGCACCUCCCUUCGUGAAUACAGCUCAUUAAGAAAUAGAUUGAGUAUACCAGUCUACCGGAAACCCUGCAAGAGGGAAGUCUUUAUGUCAGUGGUAAAUCGCUGCUUCUCAGUCAGCGAAUCAGAUUUGAUCAAUGGGAUAGCCCAUGCUCUGUCAUAGGUCAAUCAAGGAGGUGGGUUUAUAGCCUCUGACUUAUGCAAUCUCCCCUCCUCUCUCUCCUCGCAUUUCUCUCUCUCUCUCUCUCUCUCUCUCUCUCUCUCUCUCUCUCUCUCUCUCUCUCUCUCUCUCUUUCUCUCUCUCUCUCUCUCUCUCUCUCUCGCUCUCUCUCUCUCUCUCUCUCUCUCUCUCUCUCCUUGCAUCUCUCUCAUCUCUCUCCUCCCCUCUCUCCUAACUUCUCUUUGCAUCUCUCUCUCACUCUGGCUCCUUUUCUUAGUGAACACAGACAGUGAGACUGCGGUUGUCAACGUCACAUAUGGAACUCGGGAACAUGCCAGACAGUAAGUCUCCCAUAGUGCCUGAUCUUUUCUAUAUCUCUACUUCCAAAUGUACCCACUCCAUAUCCUUUCACACCUUGCUUAUCUGCAUGUCUUUGUGUCCAUAUAAUAUAUGCCAUUUAGCAGACGCAUUUAUCCAAAGGGACUUACAGUCAUGAGUGCAUACAUUUUACAUAUGGGUGGUCCCAGGAAUCAAACACACUAUUUGGGAAUUGCAAGCACCAUGCUCUACCAACUGUGCUACAGAGGACCAUAUGAAUGAAGUGUAUAGUGCUAAAUUAUGCCCUAAUUCUUCUCAAUAUUUAACACUGUAAUACAUGAUAAGACUCCCAGCUGUUUGAAUCUUUGUCAAACUCCACAUGUUGAUGCAUGAAACACUACAUUACCAAAAGUAUGUGGACACCUGCUCGUUGAACAUCUCAUUCCAAAAUCAUGGGCAUUAAUAUGGAGUUGGUCCCCCUUUUGCUUCUAUAACAGCCUCCACUCUUCCGGUAAGGCUUUCCACUAGAUGUUGGAACAUUGCUGCGGGCAUUUGCUUCCAUUCAGCCACAAGAGCAUUAGUGAGGUUGGGCACUGAUGUAUGGCGAUUAGGCCUGGCUCGCAGUCGGCGUUCCAAUUCAUCCCAAAGGUGUUCGAUUGGGUUGAGGUCAGGGCUCUGUGCAGGCCAGUAAAGUUAUUCCUCACGAUCUCGACAACAUUUUUGUAUGGACCUCAGUUUGUGCACGGGGGCCUUCCCCAAACUGUUGCCACAAAGUCGAAAGCACAGAAUCGUCUAGAAUGUCAUUGUAUGCUGUAGCGUUAAGAUUUCCCUUCAUUGGAACUAAGGAGCUGGAACCAUGAAAAACAACCCCAGACCAUUCCUCCUCCACCAAACUUUACAGUUUGCUCUAUGCAUUGGGGCUGGUAGCAUUCUCCUGGCAUCUGCCAAACACAGAUACAUCCGUCGUACUGCCAGAUGGUGAAGCGUGAUUCAUCACUCCAGAGAAUGCGUUUCCACUGCUCCAGAGUCCAAUGGCGGCGAGCUUUACACCACUCCAGCCGAUGCUUGGCAUUGCACAUGGUGAUCUUAGGCUUGUGUGCGGCUGCUCGGCCAUGGAAACUCAUUUCAUGAAGCUCCCGACGUUGCUUCCAGAGGCAGUUUGGAACUCAGUAGUGAGUGUUGCAACCGAGGACAGACGAUUUUUACGCACUUCAGCACUCGGCGGUCCCGUUCUGUGAGCUUGUGUAACCUACUACUUCGCGGCUGAGCCAUUGUUGCUUCUAGACGUUUCCACUUCACAAUAACAGCACUUACAGUUUACCGGGGCAGCUCUAGUAGGGUGGAAAUUUGAUGAACUGACUUGUUGGAAAGGUGCCAUCCUAUGACGGUGCCACGUUGAAAGUCACUGAGCUCUUCAGUAAGGCCAUUCUACUGCCAAUGUUUGUCUAUGGAGAUUGCAUGGCGGUGUGCUAGAUUUUAUACACCUGUCAGCAACGGGUGUGGCUGAAAUCCACUAAUUUGAAGGGGUGUCCACAUACUUUUGUAAAUAUAGUGACCUCUAGUGGUAUGAUAGUAGGACUGCAGUUGGGGAUUGUGCUGCAACAUGAAAAAUUAUCAAAUAAAUUAAAGAUGAACUACACCACAUGCAGCCGAUGAAUAUGGCCAAAGUAGAAUAUUUCACUUAAGAAAAGCAUUGUUUUGAGACUGUUGGCUUUCAAAGUCCAGGUUCUAUUUUAUUUUAGUAAAAACAGAUAAAACUCAUCAUUAUAGAAAGGUUUUCAGAAAACCUCAUGGGUGAAAGACACAAGCCACGGGAACUCUUUCUUUCUCUUUUGUCAUCCUUAUAAAUGACCAUUUCAUAAAUGACAAUUUCUAGUUUUGCUGAUAUUGUCGAUGUAUGAUUAAAUGUGAAAUCUAACAUCCACCUCUUUCUCCCAGGGCUAUCCAGAAGCUGAACGGCUAUGAGUUUGAGAACAACUCCUUGCGCGUCUCCUACAUCCCAGAUGAGACGUCCGAUGUCGACUCCCAACGCGGCCCAGACAACAGUCGUCGCCCCGGUUACGGACCCCGCGGCCCACGUGGCGGUUCCCCAGGCUCGGGCAUGCCCUCAAAACACCACCACGCUGACAUCCCCCUCCGACUCCUGGUGCCCACCCAAUACGUGGGGGCCAUCAUCGGCAAGGAGGGUGCCACCAUCCGCAACAUCACCAAACAAACCCAGAGCAAGUGAGUACCAAUAUGAGUUGACCAAUAUAGGUAACAGAUGAGUACCAGAGAACCAGAUCAAGUGAGUGCAAGUCACCGAUAUGGCCUCUAAAAGAGAACAUGUUGCUAGAAUAGACAGAGCAAAGCCAUUACUGAUAUAAGGCUUUACAUCCCAUCUUUGUUAAGGCUUUGAAAGUGAAUAUGAAAAUGUACUGGGAGCAUUGCACAACCCAAAGGGCUUUCGAUUGAAUUCAAACAAACCAAAAGUGGUGGAAAUUGCUGUCUCCGCCCUGUCCACCUGUUUGUGGACACCAUACUGUAUGGCCAAAUGGACUUUCCUGCGUUCUCCGUCCCUGUUUCUAGAAUCGACGUCCAUCGCAAAGAGAAUGCCGGCGCAGCUGAGAAGCCAAUCAGCAUCCACUCCACCCCUGAGGGCUGCUCCUCUGCCUGCCGUAUGAUCCUGGACAUCAUGCAACAGGAGGCUAAGGACACCAAGACGUGAGUGCAGUGUCCAUGAAGCAGCUGUCAAACCUGCACAGUGUGAAAACUUUAAAGUGACCCUCCGGCUAUUUUGUAACAUUUCCCAUUGAAAAACGGUAUCUCCAAUUCUGCAAAGGCUGGAUGUUUAUGCAUGCAGUUAGGAAACUGUAUAUUUUAUUUUAUUCUGUGUUUAAUCUCAUACUGUGUUCUCCUCAUCCUCUCAGUGCUGAGGAAGUACCCCUGAAGAUCCUGGCUCACAAUAACUUUGUAGGCCGACUGAUCGGCAAGGAGGGGCGCAACCUGAAGAAAGUGGAGCAGGACACCGACACCAAGAUCACCAUCUCCCCGUUAGUCACUCACAUCUAAAAACAUACAUACACACACACACAUCUACACACAUCAUGAAACACACAGGUCCCUGGGUAUGUUUCCGCAGAGUUGCCAUGGUCAAUUAGGAAAGAUCAUGCACCAUGUGAUGGAAACCUAUGACUAUAUCCAAUGACUGAGACUGUUGAAAUGUACUGAGUUGUUUGUUCAUUAUUGUAGUCGCCAAUGAUCAACUAUGGUUGAUUAACAACGUUCCUUUUUCUCCCUUUUUCUCCUCUCCCCUUCUUCUUUCUUUCUGUUUCUUCUUUCAUCUUCUUUCUUAUUCUACCCGCUCUUCCUGUUUCUUAUCUUCCUCCUUUUCCACCUGACCUCUCCCUCUUUCCUCUCCUCCUCCUCUUUCACCUCUCCCACCCUGUCUCUUCCUUCCCUCCGCUCCUGUCUGCAGACUGCAGGACCUGACCGUGUACAACCCAGAGAGGACCAUCACAGUGAAGGGACCCAUCGAGGCCUGUUGUCUGGCCGAGACAGAGAUCAUGAAGAAAGUGCGUGAGGCCUAUGACAAUGACAUGGCCGCCAUGAAUGUGAGUCAAUGCUCAAUAAGGUUACUGGCCUUCAAUUCUCUUCAAAACACAAUGGUCUCUCACAUAGAUCUUUCCCCUGCCCCUGGCACUUUAGGUUGCCACCUGUAUUUGUUGACUUUAAUAGAGAGAAACGCACAUACAGUCAUUGUCACGUGCACUCAAACUAUCAAGCACUCUCAGAUCAGUUCCUUUGGCACUUACCUGCUUCUUGUCUCCAGCAACAGACUCAUCUGAUUCCCGGACUGAACCUGGGAGCGCUUGGACUUUUCCCCCCUUCCGGUUCCAUGCCCCUUCCCCCACCAGGCAACUCUGCAUCCGGAGCCCCCUACGGCUCUUUUGGGGUAAGUGCACAGGCGUCUAUCGAAGCUAGUUGGGUUGCAGUCAUUGAGCUUUAGUUUAGUUAGCUGUGUUUACAAACGCUGAUGCUAGCUCUCACAAACAUGACCUCUGUCUGUGGUAGGGUUGGGUUGUGGUGUGGUAAUAACCUCUAGAUCAGUGGGUUACAUCUUGGUUGGGCUGUGGUCAUGUUGUGAUAUAGUUGUAACUGUUUCAUGUCACCCUACAGGCCCCUGAGCAGGAGACAGUCCAUGUGUACAUCCCGGCCCAGGCGGUAGGAGCUAUCAUCGGCAAGAAGGGACAGCAUAUAAAACAGCUGAGCCGCUACGCUGGAGCAUCAAUCAAGGUGAGAGAUUUACUAGUAAACACAGACAUUCACUCAAACAAGGAAAUUGGUCAAUGAGGAAAGAUCAUGCACCAAGCUAAAGUAAAUAGUGCAUUUCAUCACCGCUCUGAAACUGAUUAGAAAAAAACGAUGACUUUUUGAGACACCUAUACUUGUACUUAUCAUGUCUCUGUAAAGGACGUCACUCUGCUUGCUUAGCGAGUACCACUUCCUCCCAUACCUGACUCGAACUCGGAACCUCUGCCUUGCUAGCACACGUGACCGCCCUCCUGAAGCAUCUUACCAGUCGGCGCCACGCGAAAAGCUUGCUAUUCACUGUUGCAAGUGGGGACACUUCAGGCUGAGGAGUAAGUUUCACACAUCCCCAUGUGCUACAUUCACCCCUCAAACUUACUCAACAGCGACCCCAGCGUUGAGCUGAGCGCAACUGUAGAUCCGGGUCAUGGCACCACUGUAAAGGACAUCACGCUGCUUGUUUAGCGAGUACCACUUCCUUCUGAUUCGGCCCAUACCUGGCUCAAUCUCGGGACCUCUGCCUUGCUAGCACACAUGAUCGCCCUUCUGAGGCGUCUUACCAGUCGGCGCCACGUGAAAAGCUAGCUAAUCGCUGGCACAAGUGGGGACACUUCAGGCUGAGGAGUAAGUUUCACACAUCCCCAUGUGCUACAUCUCCCUAAUCCCUUCCAGACCUCUAUCUAUGUGGUUUAAGUCGACCUUCAUAUCUUUUCCCCUCCAGAUUGCCCCAGCUGAGGCUCCAGACUCCAAGAUGCGAAUGGUCAUCGUAACCGGCCCACCUGAGGCCCAGUUCAAGGUACAGUAGAAUGGGAGCAUGAUCGGACAUCUCUUUUUCAGCCUCUGUUUGUCAUAGUGUUCAUAUCAGUGUUCAAAACUGGGAGCCCUCUUCUUGGGGUUUGCAUCUUUCUUUGUGUGUGGUCUCUGCUUGCCUGUCCUUCCUUCUCUUCCUCCAUCCGUUUCUUCUCCUCCACCCUGUAUUUCCCUACUUUUAGUCUUACCCUCUUCCUCUCCUUCCUACUCUCUUUUUCCCUCCAUAUCCCUGUUCAAGUCACAUGUCAAGCCAGAGGUGUAGUUACUUUUCGAUGUCAAACUGACUGAUUCUUUGUCGCCACCUCAGGCUCAGGGCAGGAUUUAUGGCAAACUGAAGGAGGAAAACUUCUUUGGGCCGAAGGAGGAAGUGAAGCUGGAGACGCACAUCAAGGUAGCUGCUGCCGCUGCCGGCCGAGUCAUCGGAAAAGGCGGAAAAACGGUGAGUGUAGAGGGUCUUCUCUGGGUCCUGUUCAGGUUGCGUCACGUUGUCUUUUUGGCAUAGCUUGUACCCUGUAUUACAAUCAAUUCUGUUCCUCUAUUUCCUUGUGGCGAUCCUCUUCUGAGCUAGAAUAACUGAGCAUAGGACCACUAAUCACUACAAACAGUCAUGUUUGUUUUAUCUAAGUGCAAAUCACUAACAAAACCUUCUUAUUCCUCAGGUGAAUGAGCUACAGAACCUCACUGCAGCUGAGGUGGUGGUCCCUCGCGAACAGACCCCAGACGAGAAUGACCAGGUUAUUGUCAAGAUCAUCGGCCACUUCUACGCAAGCCAGGUGAGGAUCUCCUAGUCCUCACUCUCUUUCAUAAGCUGCCUAUAGAAGUUGGCUAUAGAACCUACCGAGAUUUGAAGAGGCCCCAACCUCUCCUCAUCAUCUCCAUCAACAGUUUAUCCAGUACUCUUCAGUCUCUUCACUUGCUCACUCAUAUGUUGUUGUUCCUCCUGCAGUUGGCCCAAAGGAAGAUCAGGGACAUUCUUACGCAGGUCAGGCAGCAGCAGAAGGGAGGUAUGGGGGAGCGCCAGGGGGAGCGCCAGGGGCCACACCCACAGGCCCUAUCUGAGAUGGGGUCCUCCCAGGGACUGGCACAGGAGCCCCGGCCCCAGAGAAAGUGA